AUGGAGGCUUGGACAAAUGUUCUUUUACGAGUCGAUCCCGAGACUUUGAAGAAUUGCCGGCAGGUAUCGAAAUCGUUAAAAUCCAUAAUUGAGGAUUACUCGUUCUGGAUUGAAAAAGCGAUAUUGGAAAAUAAUGAGGAAUCGCUUCCACCGCUGAAAUGGCGACAAGCGACAUUUCGCGAGGAUUUCGGGCAUAAGUUCAAUUAUAAAGCAAUUGUUUCAUCAGGAAAAGGGUACAAAGCCGUUCGUCCAUAUCGGAUUGAGCCCGAUUUGAGUCCCGAGCAGCACGCGGAAAAAUAUAAAAUGUUUGUGAGAUCGACAGGCGAUGGCCGGACCCUUGAAACGUGCUUCGCGUUUUCAUACGUACCCUCGACAAUCGCUGUAUUUGUCGAUUUGGCCGAAUGGGGAAUUGAUAAUUGGGUUAUGGACUUUGUGCGCCCGAAAAUCCGCAUUUCCCAAUUGGUGAACCACCAUCGCGAUUGUCCGGCUGAAUUCAGCUUCGCCGCCGAGUUGAACUAUAAGCCACGACAAAUAAAGCACGAGCCCGAAGACGACACCGAGUUGAUUCAAGAGGUUCGAGAUUUCAAACGAUACAAACAUAUAAGGAAUGAAUGGAAUGUUGGCGAGCAGCCGGUGAUUUGGGAGGAGAUGAUCAUCGAAAUGGCUGAUUAUCCUUCGGGAUUACGACAUUUGAGCGUAAUUACACGUGGAUGCGAUGACAACAAAUGGCGUGGGCAUUUUGAAACUUGUCCGAAAUUUGAAAUAAAUGAAGGUUUGAGAAUUGAAGAGGAGACUCUCGUGUCGCCGGCGCAGCUCUUCGAAUUCUCCGACGGCGUCCAAAUUUAUCAUUCGUCGCAGGAAGAACACACCCGCUUAUUUUCGGUUCUAUCGUAUGAUUCGUGCAUUACAAAAAUCGAAAUAAUUGGAUUAAAGGCGUUCCAUUAUUUUAAAGUCAAUUUUUGCCAACAUUCGAAAGAACUUUGUACAUUAAAAUCGGAUUCGGAGGGAGAUGAUGAGGAGAUUUGCAGCAAGUUUAUCAACUCGAAUGAGAGCCUUAUAAGAGCUUAUAUCGCCUGUCCGCGAGACGAUUUCUAUCAGACGUUUAUAAUUAUUUCGCAAAUGACUGAAGCCCCCAACACGCAGAUGCCAAUUGUUUAUGAAACGAGACGCCCGAAAAAUUUCGCGUUACAAGUUGGCCAGAUUGCGGUGCCCAUUGUCGAAAAACAAAUCGAUGAAAAUUUGCAAGAUUUCAAUAAACGAGUGAAUCUGGAUUAUUAUUUUAUGCUUAUUGGAUAUACGUUAACUAUUAUAUUGAAUGGAUUGGUAAUUAUCAUACUUGACUUGGUGAUUAAAAAGCCGAAAACGCUGCCGAUGGCGAGAUCGAUGAUGGUGAAAGCUGAGACGGAAACGCAGAUUGCGAUGAAUGAUGACAAAAAGGAGAAAUCGCUGGAAAGACAACUGAAAGAUAUGCAAAAGAAAAAAAAUAAUAAAAAAUGA